AUGGAUCUGUUUUCUCUACAAGGUCGAACUGCCCUCGUGACUGGAGGCACCCGCGGUAUCGGGCAAGCCAUGGCAAUCGCGCUCGCAGAGGCAGGAGCCGACAUUGUAUUAGUUCAGCGAGAUACCAGUAACCUCGGCACCAAGGAGCAGAUUGAGCAAUUAGGCCGCAAAGCCAGCAUCUAUACGGCCGACCUGGCUUUGCAAUCAUCAGUUUCUAAACUGGUAUCGACGGUGAUCGGCGAUGGACACGAUAUCGACAUUCUGCUGAACUGUGCCGGAAUUCAACGGCGCCACCCUAGUCAUAUCUUCCCCGACGAAGACUGGGACGAGGUGCUCCAAGUCAAUCUCACCACUGUUUUCACUCUCUGCCGCGACGUCGGGGCAUACAUGCUCACCCGCACUCCAAACGCCUCGGGUCAACGUGGCAGUAUCAUCAACAUCGCCUCACUGGUCUCCUUCCAAGGUGGUCUCACCGUACCCGCCUAUGCCGCAGCCAAGGGAGGCAUCGCACAGCUAACCAAGGCUCUCUCCAACGAGUGGGCGUCCAAGGGAAUCAAUGUGAACGCCAUUGCGCCCGGGUACGUUGCGACGGACAUGAACACGGCGUUGAUUCAGGAUGAACAGCGGGCGGCGAGUAUUCUAGCACGGAUUCCUGUUGGGCGAUGGGGAAAUCCAGGUGAUUUUAAGGGACCGGUGGUGUAUCUGGCCAGCCGGGCGAGUGCGUAUGUGAGUGGUGAAAUUCACACAGUGGAUGGCGGGUGGAUGGGACGGUAA